AUGAAGCGUAUUCUUGUCUAUCCUAUAUGGUUAACAUUUUCAAUAUUUCAGAAGACGGAAAAUACUUCAUGCAUUUUUAAGGAUAUGCGAGCACGUAUAAAAACUAAAAUCAAGGACAUUAAUUUUAAUGAAUUUAUUUCAAGAAAAAGAUUAUUUUCAUUAUGUAAGUCUGUUUUAUUGAUUUCUUAUGUCGAGUAUUUUCUUUCAGCUAUUAUUUGUAUUUCCUGCUUAAAUAUUCUUCCUUGUAUGGCAUUCAUCAAAAUAUUUAUCGUUUUGCUUUAUGUAUUGUUACUUAUAUUUCCAAUCACACGGGUCUUUUUUCGUCCUUCGCUACCUAUUAUUUCAUGGUUAAUUCUUUUCUAUGCAUGCAGGUUCAUUCCUUCUUCUAUGAGACCCCAUAUAUGGAUUUCGAUUUUACCUACCUUGGAAAAUAUCUUAUAUGGUGCCAGACUAAGCUCUUUGCUUUCGAAUCAUACUCAUUUUUUUUUGGAUAUUUUAGCAUGGAUUCCAUAUGGAAUUGUUCACUUUGGCGCACCAUUCGUUACUGCGAUUGUUAUAUAUCUUUUUUCUCCUUCUGGAACACUUCCAAUUUUCGCGAAAAGCUUCGGAUAUUUAAAUUUAAUUGGAGUAAUUAUUCAACUUGUAUUUCCAUGUUCUCCUCCAUGGUAUGAAAGUGUAUAUGGAAGUCAACUUGCAAACUAUAGUAUGGGGGGAUCUGCUGGUGGUCUUGCUAGGAUUGAUAACUUUUUCGGCACAAAAUUGUAUACAUCUACUUUUCCUGCUUCUCCAUUGGUAUUUGGCGCUUUUCCAUCACUUCAUUCAGGUCAUGCAACUCUUGAGGCAUUAUUUCUAAGUUGUAUUUUUCCUAAAACUACGCCUUAUUUCGUAAUAUAUGUUCUUUGGUUAUGGUGGUGUACAAUGUAUUUAACACAUCACUAUUUUGUUGAUUUAAUAGGAGGAAGCUGUUUAGCAGUUUUUAUUUUUUAUAUUGCAAGUUACAAUUAUUCAUCUUAUAUGUACUCUAGAAAUCUAUUUCGACGGGAUUAUCAUAAUUCCAUAUAUGAUUUACCUAAAACAGACCCAGAGAUUUCUAAACUUUCCUUUGUUCGAUACAAUCUUCUAGAAGACAAUAAAAUGGAUAGGAUUUCUCAUGAUAAUCAUAUACAAUCUUUUGAUGUCUUGUCUGAAUCUUUAUAUACUAAUAAAUUGUCGAAGGAUUCUUUAUUUUCUAUUUGGGAUGAAGAAACUGUUGGUUAUAUAAAUACACUAAGUUCUUUCCAUGAUGUUGGAAAUUAUGGAGAUAUUGGUAUUGUUAUUAAAUGA